AGCAGAGUAAACACAUCACAAAUAAAUAUUCAGAAACAAUUCUCAAACUAUAGCUAAGAUCUUCAGGAGGAAAAUUUCCACAAAGUUAAAGAUCUUAAAAAACAUUGUGAAAUUGUAAGUAAAUUUUACUGAGUAAUGGUGAAAGAAAUACUUUAUUAAGAAUUAAAUAUUAAUUAAUCUAUAAUUAUUUCAAGAAAAAAAAGGACAAAACGAAACUUAACACAUAUGAACUGAUGUUGACGCUAAAGAUACAGAGCAACUACAAACUAUAUGAAUGAACGCAUCUGAUUCAGAAAGUGAAUGAAAUGCUAGUGUUUAUAUGUCAAGCUAAUAGUAGAUGAAUCACCUUAACCAGUUAACGAUCAUCCUCCCACGUGGGGUUCACAUAUAGAACUAUUCAUGGAAUGCUGACUCCGCUCAUUCAUUAACGAGUGAAACUUAAGAUAAACCACACAUUAAAACGAGUGAAAUUUAAAAGUUGAUUUAGACAGGGAAACAGGACUGAACGACACAGAAGUGAAUGCAAUUAAAGUGAAUAGUGUGAUAUAGAAAUGCAAAGAGAUGUGGAAGGGUUGAAAACCUAGUAAACACUACAGAGCUCAAUCAGCUGAUGUAAAGGACCAUGUGAGAUUGGAAUUUGAAGUCACCUAAAGUUAAUAUUAACUCUAAUUAUACAAGAAAAUGAUGCUAAAAAUGGAGAGCUGUGAUAUAAGGAUGGUCCUUCUCUUAUUUAUGGUGGGCCUACCAAGAAUAACGGGAUCAUUCCUCAGUCGCUUUGAUUAUGGCUUCGAUCCCCGCCCCAUGUCAGACUACUGGGGACACACACCUGUAAAAUGUGAUCUAAAUUGCGAUCAUGGGCUAGAACAUGACGUGGAAGGAAGAGCGAUCUGUAAAUGCUUUAACCCCUGUAGGAGUGUGAAAUGUUUCGGAGGAAACAAGUGUGUCGUAGAAAUGCCGUCCAAAUGUGAAUCACACAUGAACUGUAGGUCAACCGCAAUAUGUAAAGCAGUUGCACCAAAUGAGCUGAAAGAAAAAGAACCGUAUCCCACGAAACCUAAAGAAGUCAAAGAAGCAAAUCACAUAAAAAUUGAAGAGAACCAUACUGUAGAACCAAAACCCAACAAAGACAAUAAGAAUGUGUGUAAAAUGCCAAGAGACAUAACAUUCAAAUGUAACCAAAAAUUUAACAGAUGGUAUUAUGAUAAAAAAACACGAAAGUGCAAGAAAUUCUACGGGUGCCCGUCUGAAGGGAAUAACUUCGCAAGAAAACGAGAUUGUAAGAAAAUGUGCAAAAAUAACAAGAGUAGCAAAAGAAGGAAAGCAAUCAAAUGGCAGAGAAAGAAGAUGUUACUCGAUGCUGAAUUUCACUGGUACAAACAUAAUUGUCCGACAGACUCUGUCAUGGUCAACUGUUCCACAGACCCCUGUAUUGACUGUACGAACAGACGCAUAAAGUGUGUCCAAGUGAACUGUGGGGAAUGCAAAGCUCUAUAUUUACACAAAAGGAGCGGAAGAAUUCUUGAAAAAUGCAGUUUGAGAUAA